AUGUCCCUACAACUCGGAUCAGCCUCGGUCUUUCGACCUGGCUGGGCGCUUUCAAUAUUGGUGGUGUUGGCCGCUUUGCCGUCAGCCAUCGCCCAGUUUUGCACCUUUUGGGACGGUGGCUGCGUCGAUCCUCUCGCUCAGACAGCCAUCAACUUCGAUUUCCCUCCUCUAUUCCUUGAUGAUCUCACUUUGUACUAUGGCUUCGACGCGAAUCCCUCGGGUAAAGGGCAAGAGCCGAUGGUCAAGGCCAGUUUCUGGCUUGCGUACGACCCGCAUCGCAUCGACAGCACCGUGAUCACUGCAAACCGAACCUCCGAGAUUGCCUUCCGGGUAGGAAAUCUGACCGGGACGCCCUCUGGACCUAGUAACGGCUGCGACGGUGUUUGGGGACCUCAGUGUACUCACGACCUGAAGGAGCUGCUUAAAGGGGCCAUGUAUGAAUUGACGAUUAAGGGGGACUAUACAUACCCGCUCCAAACUGUCAUCACAUUCGCUCAAGAGUCCGAGCCUGACAAGACUGCGAUGAUCCAGACGCCUGGGUUCGGCGGAAGCCCGUGGAAGACGUGGUUCAUCGAUAAUAUGACGUCCAGUCAACAAGCCGAGCAGGUAGCAGUCGCCAUUCUUAGCCGAGCCCCGUCUUCCAACACCUAUUCGAUGCAUGGCAAGGAUGAUAUUAUGGUUGAGCUUGUCUGCAUCCAGGCCCCUUCUUCGGGGGGUGCAUCAUCUAGCCAAGAUGGCUGA